AUGUUCAAAAAAUUCUCGAAAAAGAAAGAAGAGUCAGUGCCCAAUGAUCAAUUAAUCAAAGUGACGAAAGCAAUUUCAAAUCCUCCAGAAUCUAUCCAUCUUAAAAAGGAAGACCCUUUAACUACUGAGCAAAAGCAAAUGUACCUAGAUGUCCUACAUCAUUUCCAAGAUGAAUCAUUGACUUUCCCUGCCCGUGAGAAACCAGACGAAUCCAACACCACUGCUGAUUCCAAGAAACCGUUAUCUGAAUUUGAAAAAGCUUGGCUUACAAGAGAAUGUAUCUUGCGUUACCUCCGUGCCACGAAAUGGGUCUUACAGGAUUGUAUAGCUAGAAUUUCAUUAAGUAUAGCAUGGAGAAGAGAAUUCGGUAUCAGUCACGAAGGAGAAGAAAAUGGUGAUAAACUAACAUCAGAUUCAGUGGCUGUUGAAAAUGAAUCAGGUAAACAAGUAAUUUUAGGUUUUGAAAAUGAUGCUCGUCCUAUAUUAUAUUUGAAACCUGGUAGACAAAAUACAAAGACUUCAAGAAGACAAGUACAACAUCUUGUGUUUAUGUUGGAACGUGUCAUUGAUUUCAUGCCACCGGGACAAGACUCAUUAGCUCUUUUAAUCGAUUUUAAAGAAUAUCCUGAUGUUCCUAAAGUAGCAGGGAAUAGUAAAAUUCCUCCAAUUGGUGUAGGGAAGGAAGUUUUACAUAUCUUACAAACUCAUUAUCCAGAAAGACUGGGGAAGGCUCUUUUAACCAAUAUUCCUUGGUUGGCUUGGACUUUUUUGAAAUUAAUACACCCCUUUAUAGAUCCAUUGACAAGAGAAAAAUUAGUAUUCGAUGAACCUUUCACCAAAUAUGUCCCCAAGGAUCAAUUAGACUCACUUUAUGGUGGACGUUUGGAUUUUACCUAUAAACAUGACAUUUAUUGGCCAUCUAUGAAUGAAAUAGCCAAAGCUAAAAGAGAACAUUAUUUACAAAGAUUUCAAAGAUUCGGUGGGAAGGUUGGUCUAAGUGAAGUAGAUUUGAGAGGUAAUGGUGAUGAGUUAUUAUAUCCAGUGGAAUAG